GUUAAAAAAGGACGCAACAGUCGCUUUUGUUCAAAACUUUGGCAGCGCUGCUGCCAUGUGUGUGUUUUUGCAGGCGAAUUAGCCUUAAAUUCUUAAAAAUGUGUUUUUUCCUGGCCAAUAAUUGCAAUGGUUUUCCAUUGACCAGCAGGAAAUUCGCCAAAUUGGCGUGUAAUUUGAAAAGUAUCGAUUUUCCGGGACAUCAGUGACAAAUACGCCUAGCGAACUUUGAGAGAUUGCGUCACGGAGCGUGCGCUGUUGCCCCCUUAUCGCAGCGCCAGUGAUUCACUGUCGCUUCAGUCCACUUCAGUCUUCAAUUCAAUUUCAUAUGUUAAAUAGAUAAAGAUUAAUUAAAGCGCGAUGUUAAUUAAAGAAUACCGUGUCACCCUGCCCCUUACUGUGGAAGAGUAUCAAGUGGCGCAGCUCUUCAGCGUGGCCGAGGCCUCAAAGGACAACACUGGCGGCGGUGAGGGAAUUGAGGUGCUGAAGAACGAGCCUUUCAACAACUACCCGCUGCUGGGCGGCAAGUACAACUCGGGCCAAUACACCUACAAGAUUUACCACUUGGCCAGCAAGGUGCCCGCGUUCAUUCGGCUGCUGGCCCCCAAAGGCAGCCUGGAAAUCCACGAGGAGGCCUGGAACGCCUACCCGUACUGUCGGACGGUGAUUACGAAUCCAGGUUAUAUGAAAGAGAAAUUUAAGUUAGUGAUAGAGACGUUGCAUGCGCCCGACAUGGGACUGCAAGAGAACGUCCAUGAGCUUCCAGCCGACAAGUUGAAGGCGCGCGAAGUGGUUCUCAUCGAUAUUGCCAACGACGCGGUCAACACGGCCGACUACAAAGCCGACGAAGACCCCACCAAGUUCAAGUCGCAAAAGACUGGCCGGGGUCCGUUGCAAGGCCCCGAUUGGCGGGAGAAGAUCAACCCUGUCAUGACCUGCUACAAGCUGGUGACCGUCGAGUUCAAGUGGUUUGGACUGCAGACUAGGGUAGAAAGUUUUAUUCAGAAAUGUGAAAGGCGGCUUUUCACAAACUUCCAUAGACAAGUGUUCUGUUGGAUGGACCGCUGGCACGGUCUGACGAUGGAUGACAUCCGGCGAAUCGAGGAGAAAACAAAAGAAGAGCUGGAAGCCCUGCGAAGAACGGGCGAAGCGCGCGGCAUGAGGGCAGAGUCCGAUUAAACUAUUUUAGCCAAAAGAACUCAUUGAUAGCUAAUUAACUUAACAGUUUUUAUUCUACCAAAAAAAUAAUACUGUGGAAACUCAUAGCUUAGACAGAGAGGGAGGGCGUGGUGUUGUUUAAUUAACCCUCCUUAAAGUAUUCUAAGUAUAAGGGGAUUUUGUGGGGGGGUAUUUUUUAAACGGUCGUUUAUUAGCUUUAUGUCUGCCCCCUACAAACAGGUUCCGCGUAAAGUAACAGAACACAAUGGGUUAAAUGCAUUUUUACUGAUAAGAAUUUUUAUUCAACAUUGGGAAAUUAGAGUUUAUUUAUAAGUUACCAAAGUAUGACUUUUGUAGGACACGAGCGUCAGCCUGAAAAUUGUUGCGGACGGAGAAAAAUAAUGAAACGUUUGCUCCUUAUUGCCAUGCCCAGAUGCUUUUCUAUUGUUUGAUUUUUAUAUUUUACGCAAUAAACUUGUUUUUAUUUUG